AUGAAACUUGCAUCUUGGAGCAUUCUUGCUGGUCUAGCAACUGCCUUUCCAACCAACCCACCAGAUCAAUAUGAGUACAUCAUCAUUGGAUCAGGACCCGGUGGAGGGACUUUGGCUGCCAAUCUCGCGCGUGCCGGUCAUUCAGUCUUUCUGAUAGAGGCUGGUGGUGAUCAGGGCAAUACACCACUGCAGCGAAUCCCCGCAAUGGCAGAUGUUGUCGCUGAGCAUCCAAGCAUGUCGUGGUCUUUCUACGUGAACCACUACCAAAACGAAACUCAGGCUCGAAGAGACUCCAAAUAUGCUUACAGACUAUCCAACGGCACUCUGUGGUCGGGUAUUGACCCCCCUGAGCAUGCCGAGCCGCUCGGUAUACUCUACCCUCGAGGUGCGACACUUGGCGGGUCUACUCAACUCAAUGCCAUGAACUUCGCGUUGCCACCUGAUAAUGAUUGGGAUGCCAUCGCCGAACUUACUGGGGACGAGUCAUGGAAGUCUGACAAGAUGAGAGAGCUGUUUAUCGAUAUUGAGAACUGCACUUAUGCCCCAGAGGGGACUCCUGGCCAUGGGUUUGACGGGUUCAUCCAGAGUAAUCGGAACAACAUCUCUUAUAUCACUGAUCGUCCUGGCGUCGUGCAAUCUCUGAAGCGUGCUUUUGAGCAAACUGAAGGGAUUCAAGUCGACAAUGCCGCCGAAGUUGGUCGACUAAUGCAACGAGAUAUCAACCGCCUAGACAAAGAUCGGUACUCGCCAGGAAUCUACCAGAUUCCCCUCCAUGUUGAUAGUCUUAGACAGCGAACUGGUGCAUGGCGAUAUCUACACGAGACGAUGAAUGCUAAAACAGCAAAUGGAUCUGUUCUGUAUCCUUUGACUGUCAGCACCCAUUCUCUGGCUACCCGCGUGCUGUUCAAAGACAGCCAAAACGGCAAACCGCAGGCCUUUGGUGUAGAGUAUCUCAAGGGCGAAGGGCUGUACUCUGCUGACAAACGCUACGAUGAGUCUGAGUCUGGUCGCAUGGUUAACGUCACCGCAUCAAGAGAAGUGAUUGUGGCUGGCGGUACGUUCAACACGCCCCAGAUACUCAAGCUUAGUGGCAUCGGCCCUCGGGAAGAGCUUGAGAGUCUUGACAUUCCGGUCGUUAUGGAUCUCCCUGCAGUAGGCAAAUAUCUGCAGGACAACUACGAGGGUGGCGUGACAGUCGAAGCUUCUGUGCCGUGGGAGAACAAUCCCUUCGAGAACUGUUCCUUUACACUUGAAGCCAAUGAUACAUGCUAUCAAGAGUGGAACCAAUCUCAUACCGGUGCUUACGGCGAAGGAGCAGCUCCGAUUUCACUUCUCUAUAGAUCCAGCGUCAGCGAGACAAACGACACAGAUCUGUACCUCUUCGGAGCAGCUGGGACUGUGUUCCGUGGAUAUUUUCCUGGGUAUUCUACUUGGCAGGCGCCUCCAACGUCUUGGUUCUGGUCCAUUGUCAAGAUGCAGACAGGCAACCAAGCUGGAACUAUCACUCUCCGCUCCAAAGACCCCCGACAAGCACCAGAGAUCAACUUCAACUACUUCGCUGAGAAGGGGAAUCGAGAUCUCCAGGCUAUCCAGGAAGGUGUAGAGCAUACCAUGCGUAUCUUCAACGCUACCGGUGAACCUUACGCUCCAUUCAAGAUUGUUGAGCCUCGGUCCGGCGUGAGUAUUCAGCAGGGUAUCAUGGAUGAUGCAUUCAGUCACCAUGCGACUUCAUCUUGUCGCAUGGGACCUGCUGGCGAUAGGAACUACUGCGUUGACUCGGAAUUCAAGGUUAAUGGCGUCGAUGGACUUAGAGUUGUGGAUGCUUCGGUCUUUCCACGUACGCCGGGAGGAUUCCCUGCUGCGCCUACGUUUAUGAUAAGUCAGAAGGCCUUUGGAGUGAUCAUGGGAAGUGUCCGGGGCUAG